AUGUCUGAGUCAGUAGUCGUCCAAAAACUAGUAGCCGAAGCUCGCAAAGCAAUGGAGCAAUCGUACAGUCCGUACAGUGGGUUUCCGGUGGGCGCCGCCGUCCAGACUAUCGAUGGCCGCAUAUUUAGAGGUUGUAAUGUUGAAAAUGCUGUCCACUCGGUAAGCAUAUGCGCCGAAAGGUCGGCCAUUUCAUCGGCCGUAUCCGAAGGUCACAAACAAUUCAAAUCGAUGGCCAUUGUAGCGAAACUGCCGGUCGGAAGUGGUGACGGCCAACAGGUGAUAGUACCGUGCGGUGUGUGUCGUCAAUUGAUGCGAGAGUUUUCAACUGAUUUAACCAUUUAUUUGGUCCGAUCGGACAAUACUUACGAUAAGACAUCGCUGGAUGUAUUGUAUCCGAUGUCGUUUGGUCCACACUAUCUGCUAAAUGAUAACAAAUAAUAAUUAUUAUAAUUUAAUUAAUA